AUGCUUAAGAACCUGAAGUGGAAGGUGCAUGUUAUCAACUCGCCUGAGAUGAAUGCGUUUGUGUUGCCGGGUGGAAACGUCUUUGUGUUCACCGGGAUUCUACCAAUCUGCCCAGAUAGGGACGGCCUCCCUGCAGUCCUGGGUCAUGAGAUCGCACAUGUCCUCCCCCAUCACCCAGCCCAACGCAUGAGUUCCAACAUCAUAGUGAUUGUUACGGCACUGGCAGCAUCAAUGCUAUUUGACGUGUCGCAAAAUUUGUCGUCAAUGAUUUUAAAUCUGAUGCUUGCCUUGCCGAAUUCAAGGGCGCAGGAGUCGGAGGCGGAUGAAAUUGGCCUCAUGAUGAUGGCAAAGAGCUGUUUUAAACCCGAAGCUGCCGCUGGAUUAUGGAGCCGGAUGCACCAGGCUGAGAAAGCAGCGCCUCCCCAGUUGUUGUCGACGCAUCCUUCGAGCCGGAGACGGAUGGAAGCAAUUCAGAAAUUGCUCCCGCAAGCAAAUAUUGCGUAUGAUGAUGGCGGAUGUGGACUUACAGGGCGAUAUGCCGAGAGCUUUGGACAGACAUUCAGACCCUUUUGGUAG